CUCCCGUGUUCCUCAUUUCCCAUUCCAAUGGUUUUGGUUCAUAUCCUGUACCUUGGACACCCUGGGAGAGCAGCAUUUUUUCAGUCUGGUGUCAUAAGCAAGGACUUUGACAGUGGUGGGGCAGAGCUCAAGAGGUGCUGAUAACAAGCUGGGCCUUCUGUGUUCACCACUGAGCAGGAAGAGGGCCUGAAAGCCUAGCCCACAGGGGACUGGCACGAGGCUUUGCCAGCUCUGGCCUUAGCUAAGAAAGCAAGAACCUUGAAAGUUCCUGAAGUUCCUUUCUUCCUGCCUCCCCCCACUGAGAAUCCGGAGGUGUACUCUGAAACCAAACUAAGUCCCUGUCACCUGAGGAAAGAGUGAUUGCGCUUUUUUCGUCUUCCCGUGAAGGGAGUCCUGGGAGGAAUAUGCCUCCCUGAGAAAGUUGGCGAGAGCUCUGUGCAGACCAAAGCAACCACCCUCGCCGCCCAGGACCCGCCUUAGAAAGAGCGGUUGCUGCCUGCUGGGGGGCCCCACCCACCUUUCUCCUGCAGCUAAAAUCUUGCCAGCUGGGUGAGGGUAGGCCAGGGAAGGCUCUGGGCUAAGGGUGGGACGAACCCUCAGGGCCAAGGCUGGGAAAAGGAGAGGGGGAGGUGGCAGGACUGAAAUUCAGGUGACUAUAGACAAACGAACAUAUGGGGGAGCUGUGGCUCCGGCACUGGCCAGAGACCCUGGAGUCCUCAGGCCCGGGCUGGGGGCCGAACCUGCUGAGCCAGGCCGCCCCCUCUCCCACACCUACUCCUUGCACCUGGAGUCCGACCUAUCGGCUCGCGUCUCCGCCUCCUUGGCUUCACAAUCUCGCGGCUUGUCCCAACCGUCCCGGACCCAGUACUCGGCUGCGAGCGGACCACGCCGUCCUUGCUGGGCUCUGGAAGGCGCCCCGGAAGCCAUGGAGGUGCUGGUCCUGGCCGGAUACCGCGCGCAGAAGGACGACGAGUUGAGCCUGGCGCCCGGGGACGUGGUCCGGCAGGUGUGCAAGGGCCCGGCACGGGGAUGGCUGCGUGGAGACCUGGGGGGCCAUUGUGGCCUCUUCCCCGAGUGCCUGGUGCAGGAAAUCCCAGAGACUCUGCGCUGUUCCGGGGAGGUGCCGAGACCACGCUGUGCCCGCCGCCGAGGUCACCCCACCAAAUUUCCAGGCCCCCCAAGAUGGUGCAAAGUGAGUUUCAACUACAGCCCGGAGCAGGCGGACGAGCUGAAGCUGCAAACUGGGGAGAUUGUGGAAGUCAUAAAGGAGAUUGAGGACGGCUGGUGGCUGGGGAAGAAGAACGGGCAGCUGGGAGCCUUCCCAUCCAACUUUGUGGAGUUGCUGGACAGUGGGCCCCCAAGCCUUGUUAACCCAGACAUGACUUCAAUCAGCCUUGGCCCCCAACAGCCUCCCAAGUUGAGCAGCUUGACCUAUGACAGCCCUCCGGACUACCUGCGGACAGUCUCCCAUCCUGAGACUUACAGGGUCCUGUUUGACUACCAUCCCGAGGCCCCAGAUGAGUUGGCACUGCGGAGGGGGGACGAGGUGAAAGUACUGAGGAAGACCACAGAGGAUAAGGGCUGGUGGGAAGGAGAGUCUCAAGGCAGAAGAGGACUCUUCCCAGAUAACUUUGUGCUCCCACCACCCCCGAUUAAGAAGCUGGCCCCACGGAAAGUGGUAUCCCGGGAAUCAGCUCCUAUUAAGGAACCCAAAAAGGUGAUUCCUACAACAGCCAUCCCUCCAGUCAAGAAGCUAGCGACAAGCGCCGCUGGGCCCAGCAAAGCCAAGCCAUCUCGGACAUCCAGCAGAGACAGCCAGAAGCGCCCCUCCCCAACCUCCAGCUCCAGAAGCAGCUUCCUGAGUAAGUGUCCAAGCCUCCCUGGCAGAAAGCGAUCCAAAACCCAGGCUUCCCAGCAACGCUCUGCAGCCAGUCAGAAAGAAGAGCAGAUCAGCCUUGCAAAGGCUCCUCAUGUGAAUAAAACCCCAACACCAAAGAAGGCCCUCAGCCCAGAGAAGAUUCCAUCUCCGGAUAAGGUCCUCAGCCCAGAGAAGACCCUGUCUCUGGAUAAGGUCCCCACUCCAGAGGAAACCUUAACUCCAGAUAAGUUCCCUACCCUAGAGGAGACCCCAACUCUGGAGGAAAAGGCCCCCACUCCAGAGGAAACCUUAACUCUAGAUAAGUUCCCUACCCUAGAGGAGACCCCAACUCUGGAGGACAAGGCCCCCAACCCAGACAGGGUCUUUUCUGUGCAUGAGGCCCAGGUCCCAGAAGUCCCAUCGGAAGAUGAAGCCCCUGGUCCAAAGAUGGCCCCUCCUGGGGAUGAAGCCCCCACCCUAGGAAAGGUCUUGACCCCGAUGCAGGCGUCCUCUGAAGAGGCUUCCACUGGAGACAACUCUCAGUUCCAACACUUCUCUCUGGAGGAAGCCCUGCCAAAUGCCAGGUCUCUUGAGGCCAGUGAGGCUCAAUCCCCAGAGGAGAUCCACAUACCAGAGGAGCGCCCCCUCUCCGGAGUGAAGCAUCCCCUGGAUAAGGGGGACAGUUCCCCUCUCCAGUCGGAAUCCCAGUCCAAGCAAGGAUCCAUGGCAGCCCUUGAGAAGGCCCACAUCCGGGAAGAGGCUACCACCUUCCUGGAGGAGCCAUCAGCGAAGUAUGAGGCUGCCCCCCAAAAGGAGGGAACUCUCAAAGAAGAGAGGUCCCCUGAAGAGGUAACCCCGGCUGACAGACCCCACAAGCCAUCACGCCCCGUGACUCCCACCCUCCACACCUGGGUCCUGCAAAAUCUCACAGACAGUAAACGUGACAGAGACGACGUGAUGAGGCUAAAGGACGAGGUGGAGGCUUUAAGGAGGUCGCUGGAGCAGAUGGGGCUGCAGAUGGAAAAGCAGCUGACCGACAUCUGGGAGGAGCUGAAGAGCGAGAGGGAAAAGCGCCAGUUGCUGGAGGUGCAGAUGAAGCAGAGGACCCAGGAGUCCCGGACUCGAGGCUCCCUCCACGCGCAGACGCAGACGCAUUGAGGGUGGACCCGGGAGAGACUACAGCGGGACCUGGAGCGAAGUCUGGCUCCGGCCACCCACGUCCUUCCACAUGACUUUGGGAAACGCAAGAAAAUAAACUGCCCUGUGUGCGCGC